GGAGGGUACAGCGUUCAAUUCUGACACCAUUCAACUUCAUCAUGCUCUCGCGCGCCGCGAGCUUCGUUCGUGUAGGUUCGUCCGCGGCGACGCGCAACUUCCACAGCAGCCCCAUCUUGAGUGCUCGCAAGAGCAAGUCUCUUUCGCGUCUCACAAUCAAGCGCACUGUCCGGGAAACGCAAAACGCCAUGAAGAAUCUCGACAUAACGCAGUUUCAAGACGACGAAGAAGAGUCUCCAUCGGUGCAAAUCACCAACAUGAAGGCCGCGCUCAAGCAGUUGCGCGACCCGAACUCGUUCGAGCUGGACAAAAUCCCACUGCUGAAGCGUGGAUCGAAGGCCAACGACGACUUUAUGACCGAAGAAGAGUUUGAAGCUUUCCUGGACGAAGACGAGGACGAAGAAGAUGAAGAACAUGACAGGGAAUUAGAAGAGCUCGAGCAUGAAGGCGACAAGAAGCGCGCGACCAAGAUGCUGUCUCCCUCACGAGCCAUGAAAGCGCUCCAGGAUGACGACAAGAAGCGCACGAAGAAUGAAAAACCGCUGCAGCGCGAGGAAAAUAGUCGCUUUAACCCGGAAGUCGUCAACCAUCGUCAGCAGCGCGUAGGACUGAUGCUUGAAGGGUUCAUCCAAGACGUCAUCUUGCGAGAAACGGACCUGUGUCAGGGCUCGACACAAGUGUGGGUCACCAGCGUAUGUGAGGUCACUCGGGCUGGUGUCGCCUUCACCUGAGCGUUUUAGGUCGACAUGUCGCCCGACCUGCGACGCGCCGUGUUGAAUUGGGACGUCACCACCAUCUCCCAUGGCAAAGUAAGCAAGACUGUGGAGGCCAAAGUCGUGCGGCGCCUCAACAAUAUGACCAAGUGGCUGCGAGUUCGAGUGACGCAGGAGCUCGACCUCAAGUACACGCCCAAGUUGGAGUUCAAGCGGCAGGAUAACAAGAGUUUGCAGCGGCAGAAACUCUUUGACGCGCUCAUGGCGCAGCAAGGGUAUUAACCGAUCCAGCAUCGAUCGUCGAGUCCAUCACGCGGUGUCACCGCCGCAGCUGAAGCCACUGUCGUCGUUACUGUGUCCAUCUACGCUCUCAUCUUCAUCGAACAAGCGCUCUAUGGCGACAAGUCGCCGCACGAGCGGCCCGACGUUAAACCCCAGCACGGCAUCUCCGUGGCGGCUCAGUCGGCUCAACUCGACGCGGCACCGGGUGAGCAUCGCCACGACGUCGUCGAACCUCCCCAUGGACUGCCAUGUCGAGCGACACGUCGGCCAAUUCGAACAGACAUGCCGAAAGAACAUCACGACGUACGCCAACGCGUUCGUUUCUACUUCAGGAAUCAGCCACAACAAGAAGGAGCAAUGGGUGGGCACCGUUGGACGUAACAAGGUCGACAAGGACCGAGUGAUCGUCAUGGAGGACGCCGCUAAAGUCGGCAAACCACCGCGCGGGACUGAAUUCGUUCCACAGAGCGGACAGCAUGGAUGGAGACGGUGGGGAUGGACGAGGCACAUUCGCUGGGGGUG